GAUAUCUCACAAAGGUUGCGUGCAUCGCCGUUUGCAAUUGAACUAUGCAGUUGGAGCAUUGCAUCUCGCCUUCAGUCAUGCUCUCAAAGAAAUUUCUGAAUGUGGGCAGUGGCUAUCCCGGCGCGGACGGAUCUGAGCUCGCCUUGCAGGACCAUCCUAUUAUAGCCCUAACUGACAACCUGGAGAGAAGUUCACCUCUGAAAAAAAUUUCCAGGGGGAUGACGAAUCAGCUAGAGGCAGACAAUUUCCCUGACUCCAAGGACGCACCAGGGGACGUCCAGAGAAGCAAAGUCUCUCCUGUUCUGGACGGAGUCGCGGAAAUUCGUCACAAUUUCGAUGGAUCUGCUGCAGAAAGGUACCUCCUGUCUCAGUCUAACCAACCCCAGCCAGUCUCUGCCUCUCCUAGCGCCAUGUUCCCUUACCCGAGUCAGCAUGGACCAACGCAUCCAGCUUUUUCUAUUGGGAGUCCGAACCGCUACAUGGCUCAUCACCCGGUCAUAACCAAUGGAGCGUACAACAGUCUCUUGACCAACACCUCUCCACAAGGUUACCCAACCGCGGGCUACCCUUACGCGCAGCAGUAUGGACACACUUACCAAGGGGGCGCUUUCUACCAGUUCUCCUCGGCGCAAGCCGGGCUUGUGCCCGGUAAGGCUCAGGUCUACCUGUGCAACAGGGCUUUGUGGCUAAAGUUUCACAGGCAUCAAACAGAAAUGAUCAUCACCAAACAAGGAAGACGGAUGUUUCCAUUUUUAAGUUUUAAUAUUUCUGGUCUUGAUCCGACGGCACACUACAAUAUUUUUGUGGACGUAAUUCUGGCCGACCCCAAUCACUGGAGAUUCCAAGGAGGAAAGUGGGUUCCAUGUGGCAAAGCGGACACAAAUGUGACAGGGAAUCGGGUUUACAUGCACCCGGACUCUCCGAACACCGGCGCGCACUGGAUGCGCCAGGAAAUAUCGUUCGGAAAACUCAAACUAACAAAUAACAAAGGCGCAUCGAACAACACGGGCCAGAUGGUCGUCCUGCAAUCCCUUCAUAAGUACCAGCCCAGGUUACACGUGGUGGAGGUGAACGAGGACGGAACCGAGGAUUCCAGUCAGCCCGGGCGGGUGCAAACGUUCACUUUCCCGGAAACGCAAUUCAUCGCGGUCACAGCUUACCAAAACACCGAUAUUACGCAGCUGAAAAUCGAUCACAAUCCAUUUGCAAAAGGGUUUCGGGACAACUACGACACCAUCUACACAGGCUGCGACAUUGACCGGUUGACACCAUCGCCUGGUGACUCGCCUCGCUCUCAGAUCGUGCCUGGUGCGAGAUAUGCCAUGGCUGGUUCUUUCCUGCAGGACCAAUUUGUCAGCACUUAUGCCAAAUCCCGCUUCCACCCUGGCGCCGGGACCGGUCCUGGCACGGACCGCAGCGUCCCCCUUAGCAACAGCUUGCUAUCCCCGCAACAAGCCGAGGAGACCGCAGCAGCCUCCCCGCAGCGAUGGUUUGUCACCCCUGCCAACAAUCGACUGGACUUUGCCGCCUCGGCAUACGAUGCCGCCGCCGCUGCUGAUUUCGCCGGUAACGCGGCCACCCUGCUGUCUUACGCAGCUGCUGGAGUCAAGGCACUUCCACUGCCCACAGCGGGGUGCUCAGGUAGACCUCUGGGUUAUUACGCCGAUCCCUCGGGGUGGGGCACACGCACGCCGCCCCAGUAUUGCAGCAAAUCCGGCUCGGUUCUGUCCUGCUGGCCCUCAAAUUCUGCCGGGAACAGGACUGGCGCUUCAACGUAUCUGGUGGACGAGCCGGACACCAUCGCGACGGAACGGUCUCCCCUGGGUGGGUCCGAAGACGCCAAACCAAAAGACCUGUCGGAGUCGAGCUGGAUAGAGACACCUUCCUCAAUAAAGUCAAUCGAUUCGAGCGAUUCUGGAAUUUUUGAGCAGGCGAAACGGAGGCGGAUAUCGCCGUCUGCCACGCCGGUUUCGGAAACCUCGUCCCCGUUAAAAAGCGAAAUGCUAACGCCGCGGGAAUGCGAGAAAAACUGCCCCAAAGACAUUGGUUACUACAGCUUCUACCCACAUAGUUAGGAAAUGACAGUACACGUACACCUAAGGUCAUUUCAUUUUUUAAAGGGAAACUGACAAAUGUAAAAAAUAUUUUUAAACGUAGCUGCAUGAAUUGCAUAUUUAUUAUCCACUCGUUAUUUAUUUAUUUAUUUAUUUAUUUGUUUGUUUGUUUGUUGCUCAUUUGCAUAC